GAACCAAACCAAACMAAAAAAGACGAAACGAAACGAAACGAACCACAAUUCCACCAUGGAGGGAUUGCCAACCGAACCACCUCCCGAAACCGGAAAAGGCGACAGCGGCCGGCGGGAGGUGGCCCGAGACGGGCAAGAGCCACCAUCCCAACCGCGCAAGGCCUCCAAACCGGCCCCGCCGGCGUUUUGGCCGCUCCUUGCGCUGGAGCCCCUCUUGUCCCGCUGGAAGGAGCGGGCGGUUUCGUGGACGGAGGCCUUUGCGUCCGGCCCCCGGAACGACCUAAUCGGGAUCCUGGCCGACCGGGCUCUGGAGGCCGCAGGGCACCACCUGGAUCCGGAGGGGCCGGUGGUCCGCGGUCUCCUGGAGCGGUUCCUCCCCGGCGGCCUGGAACCGGGGGGGGACAAGGGUGGUGACAAUGACAAGCACAAGGACAAGCACAAGGACAAGCACAAGGACAGGCAACGGGAACGCAGGGAAUCCCCCGCCAAGCAGGACCUGCUGCAAAAGUUUCCCUUUUACGGGCAGGCACUCGAUGCGGUGAAAUACCAGCGCGACAGCUACUUGAUGGGCCCGGACUACGCCAACCGCAAGCUCCAACAGCAGGAGCAGGAGCUGCGGCAGCACCCAAAAGAUCCACGGGAACCACCAGAACCACCAUGGCGAGAACCACAACAGCUGCGCGAGCACCAACCACCGCCGAAGCGCCUGCUCCCCCUCCGGUUCGGAGGCGCCACCGCACCGGGCACCACCGGCGGGCUCCCGCUCCCCCCCCUGGGGGGAAGCACCGGCACCUCCACCGCCUACCCCCUGCUGGUGGACACCGGGGGCCGCUUCCUGGAAUCCCGCGGCGCCAGGGACCGCCUGCUCCCGAUCGUGGUCAGCCUCCCGUCGACCGAGCCGCUGGGGUCGGCCAUUUGUUCGACGGUCUCGAACGCGAUCCCACUGGCCGCUCCCCCCCUCGACGAAGCCGUCAAGCAGGCGGUCCUGGGCGUCAUGGGGGACCCCUUCACCCGGGAGCUCAUCAAGAGCCGGACGCAGCAGAUCCUCCGGGUCGACGACGACGAGCGCUGAUCUUCGCAAGCGCACGGGCCGGUGGAAGCCGACGAACCCGAUCCGGGGCAAAAUCCCGACACGAGAACAACGAAUGCCUUCCUCUUGGAGUGGACGACCCUUCCGAAACGGACGGACGGGCGACAGGAGCAAUCGAUGCCAAUGCCAACAUCGAAGAAAGAAAACGAACGAAAACGC